AUGCGGGGGCCGGAGGACGCGGGCACAAGGCGUUUUGCUGAACGGCAGCCCGCAACUCCUCUCUGCCUCAAUUGUUCCAUUCUCCCCGGAGACCUGUCCCCAGAGGGUGGAGAAAGCUCCACGCUCUGCAAUGGCAGUGGGACCGAGAGACUUGACCCUGAGGACCUGAACCUGACUUACGAGGCGCUGAGAUUCAAGUACCUGGGGCCCCAGCAGACAGAGCUGUUCGUGCCCAUCUGUGCCACGUACCUGCUCAUCUUCCUGGUGGGCACUGUGGGCAACGGGCUGACCUGCUCCGUCAUCCUGCACCACAAGGCCAUGCGCACGCCCACCAACUUCUACCUCUUCAGCCUGGCGGUGUCGGACCUGCUGGUGCUGCUGGUGGGCUUGCCCCUGGAGCUCUACGAGCUGUGCCACAACUACCCCUUCCUGCUGGGCACCGAAGGCUGCCGCUUCCGCACGCUGCUCUUCGAGACCGUCUGCCUGGCCUCUGUGCUCAAUGUCACCGCCCUGAGCGUGGAGCGCUAUGUGGCCGUGGUGCACCCACUCCGAGCCAGGUCUGUGGUGACGCAGGCACACGUGCGCCGCGUCCUGGUGGCCAUCUGGGGCCUGGCGGUGCUGUGCUCUCUGCCCAACACCAGCCUGCACGGCGUCCAGCAGCUGUACGUGCCCUGCCGCGGCUGGGUGCCCGACUCGGCACGGUGCAUGCUGGUGCGCCCGCAGGCUGUCUACAACCUGGUGGUGCAGACCACCACGCUGCUCUUCUUCUGCCUGCCCAUGGCCGUCAUCAGCGUGCUCUACCUGCUCAUCGGGCUGCGGCUGCGCAGUGAGAGGCAGCUGCUGCUCAGGCGGACGGCCAGGCACAGCGACGCCCGCAGGCUCCCGUGCUCUACCUGCUCAUCGGGCUGCGGCUGGGCAGUGAGAGGCUUGACCAAGAUGCUGUUCGUGCUGGUCGUGGUGUUCGGCAUCUGCUGGGCCCCGUUCCACGCUGACCGGCUCAUGUGGAGCUUUCUGUCGGACUGGACAGGAGACCUGCGCCUGGCCUUCCAGUACCUGCACAUCACCUCCGGCGUCUUCUUCUACCUCGGCUCCGCCGUCAACCCUGUGCUCUACAGCCUCAUGUCCAGCCGCUUCCGAGAGACCUUCCAGGAAGCCUUGUGCCUUGGGACCCGCAGACCACGCCGCAGCUCCCACAGCCUCAGCAGGGUGACCACAGGCAGCACCGUGUGCGACCUGGGUCCCCUGGGCAGCAGGGCCCUCCCCCCGGCUGAGAAUGGUGGCCCAGAGAGGCAGCCAGAGGCCGUCACCUCCUGAGUGGAGUCUCAAAGCAGCUUUGGCCAGAGGAGCCAGAGGCUGCGCGGAGUUCAACCUCUGGUGCAGGGGUGUCCUCAUGACCCGUUACCUGUCCCUGUCCAGCCCGGAACUCUGACCACCUUGGUGACUCCUAUCCACCCCCCCAACCACCACCCCAUAAAUUUGAGAUUUGAGGGAAACAGCAAGAGGACACAGAAACUCUCCUGUGCCAGGCACAUGUGUGCGCUCUGUGUCCCUCCAGCCACCCUGUCCCCCACCCCAUUCUAGUCCUUCCCCUGCAGAAACACCACAGGGAGUUGAGGCUCCAGGGUCCUGCAGCUGGGCCCUCCAACUUCCCACUCCAUCAGUUUCCGGAAUGUUCCCACUGAGCCCUAGCUUGCCUCCCCAUUUCUCCUUGAGCCUCUGCAGGUUUUGGUCCAUGCUGUGCCACUCCAAAGCUCGACCUGGCCCUGGGAUGCUCCUCCACCUGAACCCUGCCUGGUCCCCUUUCUGCUCUGCCAUCUCCCCCUGAUGGUGCUGCGGGGUGCCUAGGCAUCUGGGGGACCUGGUACCAGUCUGAGCUGUGCUGCUGUCACCUUGCCACUGGCAUCAGUCCACUCGCCCCGCUUGCCAGGCCUCAUUUCUUGUGGGCGCUGCUGUUCCACGGUGUCAUGCUUCAGCACGGCGCCACAUUUCCGGUGUGCACGUCAGUCACCGCUAGUAACGAAGCCUACGAAGCCCUCAGAUGAACCGGCGAAAGUUCCUCCGCCAUCCUCACCACCCCACCACUUCCUCCCUGACCUCCGCAUGACCGCGCCUUGCCCCCAGCCACUCAGGGGCACGCUCCUUUCUUUUUCUUUUUAAUUUGCCAGAG